AUGUGGCAUGAGGAUGAGGUCGUCUUGCCCCAGAUUAGCGCACAGAAUACCUCUGGCGAGGGUGACGCCGUCCCUCCCCUCCAGGAGCAAGGCCGUCGCCAGAGCAUAAAUCACGAGGUAGAGGUUGCAAAGGCAAUUAUUCUCAGAGAGGAAUACAUUUUGCGGGUCAAGGCAAACCUGGACAAUCAUCAGUCGAAGUUCGGCAAGGACCAAGAAGCUUUCGAUGGUCUUAUCAGCCUUGUAGAUCUACUACGGACUGCAACCGUCGACACAGUGGAAGCAAUUGAGCAAUGGAGAAGGAUCCAAGGAAAUCCCGCAGCACCUUUCAUCUGGAAGAGUGUUAACUACCUCCUCAAGAUCGGGAGCGACCUCGACUUCCUAGAUUCUCAUGCGCGCUACUACUACAACCGUGGUCCUUAG